CAUUGCAUUCGUUUGUUUCCUUACUCCCAGUCAAUCAUUGUUAUUGCAUUUUACUCACUGUCAUACACUCAUUAGCCAUUCAAUCCAACUUCUUUCAUUCAUUUAAUACUGUGUCUUUUUCUUUCUGGCCUCUGUUCUCUCAUUACUGAAUCGCCAAAAUAACUGAACAGAGUACACUCUAAUUUCAAUCGAGCCAGAGCCUGUUUACAUGUGUUCACUCCAUAUUUAACACCAACACAUAUAAGGACCAUCAUGCCCUUUGUCCGGAGGCAAUGAGCUAAAUGUUGACUUGGAGAAUCGCCUUUUGCUCGGGUAUCUGAGCUCUCCACUUCCAGAGUUCGGAGUCCGGUCAUUCCUUCGAAGGUCUCCCGAAAUGGAUUACAUCCACACUCCAUUUCCCUGUGGCGAGCACAAUGUUGGUCCUUUUAUUGACCCGUCCGUCGGUUAUGGUGUUCCAGCUUCGUUUACCCAGUGUAACCCGCCCACGGAGCCUUGUUUUGUUUCCUAUUCUCCGAGCGAGUUCCCCGGAUUCCCCGGGUUUUAUGGACACCCAGUACCCUUCGAGGAUUACCAUGAGUAUGUCGAAAAUCUGUCAAGACCCCGUUUGACGAAGGAACAAGUUGAGACUUUGGAGGCACAAUUUCGAGCUCAGCCAAAGCCAACUAGUAAUGUAAAGCGCCAGCUUGCUAUGCAAACAAACCUCACUUUACCUCGAGUUGCAAACUGGUUUCAGAAUCGAAGAGCCAAAGAAAAACAACAAAAGCGUCAAGAGGAAUUUAAAAGAAUGCAAGCGAUGAAAAGCUCUGAAAACCUAAAAAGAGAAGAAAUUUCCUCAUCUACCGAUGCUAGAAGAACACAAUAUGCGGACAAAGUUUCUGGUCCUGACCAUAUGCCGGGCGAGAACCAAGUUGUGUCAACCCCAAAUGACGGCAACUCGAAUGCAGAGCCCCUAGGAAAUCAAUCAAAUUCAUCCCAUCCUCCGGUGAAGGAAGUCGUUUCUUUGCCCCCAUCGCGGAAGUUAGAUCCACGUGGGCCGCAUGAGACAAGUACAACAAAGACCGUUGAUGUUGCCGAGGAGCCUCAAAGCCGAGAAAAAAAUGCCUUACCAGAAAAGAGCAAUGACGGUCUAACAGCCGAUAAACUCGAAUCUUCCGCUUGGUCCAUCUCAAGCCAGCUUAAUAACGCCCUUUGCACGGAACCUAUCGAUGCGCCCAACGUGAAUAGCUCGCAACCGCCCACUGAAUUCAGAUCCGCUGAACUCUGGCAACAGGAAUCAGAUGCCGGCAAUAAACCCAUUUUUUGCGUAUCUUACAGCACAUGCGAGGCGCAUUCCGGUUUGUCAAAAGGCCGAUCGUAUCCAAACGAUGAGCCCGUUAUGCAAACUUUCCCCCAUACAGCGAUUCUGGACUUUGGCGCUACAGAUAUAAGAGUUCAACGACAAGAGUCUUGCCCAUCAUGUCCACAAAAAUACUCGAGUCAGAGAAACCUUGUGCAAAAUAUGACCAUCGCUGAGCGGUCUAUUGAGAAAGAGUUGCAGGAUCCACAAGUCUCUCCGCCCGAUGGCACUAUCUUCCCACGCCGUCGUGAUAAGAAGCUAGAUCUUGCAGCCCGUCGAAAACGGCCGCGCCCGGCUGCUAUCGGAAUCGGUGGGCCAAGUCAAGCCCUUGUUGGACCCUCUUCGAUGUCUCCAACUACGAGAACACCCACAUGGGCGGUAUCCCACUCUUUACGACACGUCAAAUCUUCGCACAAUCUCUCCUCGAGCUUGAGCCCAAGAUAUGGGGGGAUACGCAAAGUUUCGGCUCCCCUCCGUUCUCCUCUAGGGAUGCGAGCUUCACUAGACAUUAGUGGUGCUUCAUCUUCCAAUUCGGAUUUUAUGGUUCCUCCGUUAGUGGCGACAAGCAUGGCACCACCCACUCCAUUGACACCAGAUGAUUUACAAUACCUAGUUCCGCCAACUCCAAACGACGCGCAAUACUGUCUCUCGCCAACAGAUGAAAUGCGGUGUCCCCAGCCAUUUCCAUUAUCGCACUCCAUAGACAUCCAUUCUCCUCCGAGAACCCCGCACAAUCCCAAUGUUUUAUCACAGCCGCAUUAUCACUCUUUCAAUCCAUUAUCAUCGAUGUCCACAACAUCGUAUGAAGGUUAUUCGCAGCCCAUAUCAAAUGGUCCUAUGUUGAAUGAUCUGUGGGUGGAGACAACAGUAAACCCAGCAAGUAUGUCGGUGCCGGAAAUUCUUAUGCCCAAACCCAUUCAUAUAUUCCCCAUUACCCAACAAAGCCACUCAAGUGCAUGGAGCAUGUACAGCAACUGGGGAAGAUUGGAGAGUCAAGUUCCCGCCAACUCCGCAAUGUCAGGUUCAAAGACCUAACUCAUCAUGGUCACAACAUGGCCCUGCCUGUCCUGCACCAAAACUCUGAGUUUAUGAUCAAAGAAUUUAAGCAUCAGCAACAUAUCCAUAUGCUUGCUUCACACCAACUUGCUUCCGGGCAGCCGAAGAUCAAUCAAAGCCUUGGUGAAUUCGGUGACAAAAAUUACUGUUUAAAGUCUACUGUUCUUUGCGUGUGCAUUUAGAUGGGCUCACAGAUUUCAUAUUACCCAAUUGCUUUUGUGCCUUCAUCAUAUAUACAUCGAUACCUUAUUUAACACCCUUUCCCGACAUCACUAGCACUCAGCUUUGCCCAAAUUUUCAAUUAUACCCAACCUAAUUCUGCGGAAUGUAUAUGACCACAUGUGAACCGGAAUUGGCUGGGAUUCUAUUUUGCUUUUCCCCACAAAUUAUCCACAACACAGCAUUGAUAAAUUAAUAUUACUUAAUCUCUAAUCCUUUUCUUUUGGUUUCAUGUCCAAUUCUUGACUCUGGUUUCCUAGUUAGUCAUGUCCUCCAAGUCUUUCUUUAUCUUUCCCUUUCUUUGUGCUUGUGUCUACUGAACUUCAUAUGAAGCCUCUGGCUUCAGGACCCUAGUUAUAGUCUACCUAACCCCUUUCCUAUGUCCAAACCUUAUCCUUCAUGCUGAUUACUGUUUAACACUGAUAUGUGGAUUAAUGUGACAGGCUGUGUCUUUGACAAGCAGCUACCUAAAAGAGCAAGGAUAUAAUGAACUACUACAGGAUUAUCAUACUUGUGUUGCAUAAUAUUGUCCAGUAUAUGAAGUAAUGGUUCUAAUAAUAUACAUUUAGCUAAUAAGC